CCUCGAGAAUUCGAUCCCUUCGCUUAUUUAUACGUGACGAGCUCAACACGUUCUUGCACAUAACUACAAACGAAAGCAAGAAAGACACAAAAGCCAAAAGCAAGUUAUCUUGAGAGAGAGAGAGAGAGAGAGAGAGAGAGAGAGAGAGAGAGAGAGAUGGAGGAUUUGCCACCAGGGUUUCGGUUCUUCCCCACCGAAGAAGAGUUGGUUUCGUUCUAUUUACAAAGCAAGCUCGAGGGAACAAGACAGGCUCUACACGGGCUUAUUCACCGGGUCAUACCCGUUCUUGAUAUCUACGAGUUCAAUCCAUGGGACCUUCCUCAAUCUGCGGGAGAUCUAUGCCGUGGAGAUCCGGAGCAAUGGUUCUUCUUCAUCCCGAGACAAGAGACCGAGUACCGCGGCGGGAGGCCGAGGCGGCUCACGACCACUGGGUACUGGAAAGCUACAGGCUCUCCCGGUUUUGUCUACUCGAGCAAUCGCAUCGUGGGAGUGAAGAGAACUAUGGUGUUCUAUAUGGGACGCGCUCCAAACGGCGUGAAAACCGAAUGGAAGAUGAAUGAGUACAAGGCCAUUGAAGGGGAGGCUUCUUCUCCAGAAGAAAUACCAGUGGUGCCAAGGCAUGAAUUCAGUGUGUGCCGGGUGUACAAGAAAACAAAGACCUUGAGGUCAUUCGACCGGAGACCGAUGGGAGAAAUCAUCAGAAGCAGCCAUGCAUUUCAACAGAACACCAUGCCAGAUGAUGAUCGACAUCCUCAGGAAAUGACAUCAUCUCGUCGGAGCAGUCCUCCAUUCACGGAGAGAACAAGCUCAUCGCCAGACAGUUCAGGCGCCUCCGGAGACCAGGGGACAAAUCCUUCGCAAGCAGGAGGACUAGGAAGCAGUACUGACAUGCAGAUGCUGCCCGGUGAUAGCGAAUUGUUCUUGCCAGACUGGGAACAGUUCUGGUCUUAGUUAAAGAAGGCUAAUUUACUAUGUCUAAUUAAAAAAAAAUGCAGAUUGCUGUUGUCCUGAUUUAAAAUGGAGUAACUCAUAAUCAACUCGGUGAUGCUAAGCAGAUGUGUUGUUCUUUCGAAAUUUCAUGUCUGUUCAAAGUGCGCUUGUAUCCUAGAUUCGACCAUGGAUGUAGAACUAAUAAAGAAUGUCUCAGUCGAUAUCUUUUCGUGCACCAUAUUCAA